GAUACCCGGUGUCCGUAUAAAUACGAGAGCCCUUUGUUUUGUCGCAGACGGUUCCUGUUUUUGUUCAGGUGUAGUCACUGUACGUUGUGGUGUAUUAAACGGAACAGAAGUAAAACCCGUGAAGAUGCAGAUCUUUGUGAAGACCCUGACUGGUAAGACCAUCACUCUGGAGGUGGAGCCAAGUGAUACCAUUGAGAAUGUCAAGGCCAAGAUCCAGGACAAGGAAGGCAUCCCCCCUGACCAGCAGAGGCUGAUCUUUGCUGGAAAGCAGCUGGAAGAUGGUCGCACUCUGUCUGACUACAACAUCCAGAAGGAGUCCACCCUUCACCUGGUCCUCCGUCUUCGUGGUGGCAUGCAGAUCUUUGUGAAGACCCUGACUGGUAAGACCAUCACUCUGGAGGUGGAGCCAAGUGAUACCAUUGAGAAUGUCAAGGCCAAGAUCCAGGACAAGGAAGGCAUCCCCCCUGACCAGCAGAGGCUGAUCUUUGCUGGAAAGCAGCUGGAAGAUGGUCGCACUCUGUCCGACUACAACAUCCAGAAGGAGUCCACCCUUCACCUGGUCCUCCGUCUUCGUGGUGGCAUGCAGAUCUUUGUGAAGACCCUGACUGGCAAGACCAUCACUCUGGAGGUGGAGCCAAGUGAUACCAUUGAGAAUGUCAAGGCCAAGAUCCAGGACAAGGAAGGCAUCCCCCCUGACCAGCAGAGGCUGAUCUUUGCUGGAAAGCAGCUGGAAGAUGGUCGCACUCUGUCCGACUACAACAUCCAGAAGGAGUCCACCCUUCACCUGGUCCUCCGUCUUCGUGGUGGCAUGCAGAUCUUUGUGAAGACCCUGACUGGUAAGACCAUCACUCUGGAGGUGGAGCCAAGCGAUACCAUUGAGAAUGUCAAGGCCAAGAUCCAAGACAAGGAAGGCAUCCCCCCUGACCAGCAGAGGCUGAUCUUUGCUGGAAAGCAGCUGGAAGAUGGUCGCACUCUGUCCGACUACAACAUCCAGAAGGAGUCCACCCUUCACCUGGUCCUCCGUCUUCGUGGUGGCAUGCAGAUCUUUGUGAAGACCCUGACUGGUAAGACCAUCACUCUGGAGGUGGAGCCAAGCGAUACCAUUGAGAAUGUCAAGGCCAAGAUCCAGGACAAGGAAGGCAUCCCCCCUGACCAGCAGAGGCUGAUCUUUGCUGGAAAGCAGCUGGAAGAUGGUCGCACUCUGUCCGACUACAACAUCCAGAAGGAGUCCACCCUUCACCUGGUCCUUCGUCUUCGUGGUGGCAUGCAGAUCUUUGUGAAGACCCUGACUGGUAAGACCAUCACUCUGGAGGUGGAGCCAAGCGAUACCAUUGAGAAUGUCAAGGCCAAGAUCCAGGACAAGGAAGGCAUCCCCCCUGACCAGCAGAGGCUGAUCUUUGCUGGAAAGCAGCUGGAAGAUGGUCGCACUCUGUCCGACUACAACAUCCAGAAGGAGUCCACCCUUCACCUGGUCCUUCGUCUUCGUGGUGGCAACUAAGCAAGCAUUUUGGUCUUAUGGCUUGAUGUCUUUGUUCCCUGUGUUUCUCUUCACUCAAUUUCCCUUAAUAAAGUUGAAGCAUUCCUGAAA